GAGCUAUUUUGUGGUGCUACCACUUGCACUUCUUCCAUUUUGUAAAGGGCUGGCUCCCUGCGCGCGCACUCUCUGUGCUCUCUAAUUAGUGCGAGCACGCUUGUGUAAAGGUGGAGGUCUGCCUCAUCGUUGCUGCGCGGCUCAGAGGAAACUUGUGCUGCUGAAACUUUGAUAAACCUCGUUAAAUGUCGGUCACAUAGCUAAAAUAAUUUAAAGUAUAUGUUGUUCUCGAACUCUAACAAUGUCUGACGAGGGAGAAGAGAGCGACAGCGGCGAGAGAGCGCAUCUCUCCGGGUCUCCCUCCCCGCCUCUGUCCGUCUGUCUUCCCCGAGGAUCCCCCUCCUCUCAGCGGCCCCUAGACUUCUUCUCCUCCGCCUCCCCGCUGCUGGGGGACACAGACCCGCCUUACCUUGCCUCUCCGGACUGUCUGCACGCAUCCCCAGAGAACCGGGAACCGGGGGACUCCCCGCACUUUACGCCGCCAAAGUUCCGCCAGCGCACCGGGGACACCGGCUCUCCGUUUCGUUCGCGGCAGGAUGUGCGGAUAGAGGCUGUGUACGAUGAUCCGUUCCCCAAGUGGAGAGGACGAGGCGCGGCGAACGCUGAGCGCUUUCAGCACCGCGGACAGAGACUCCAGCGGGCUCCGGAGCUCUCGGACUACGGGAACCACUACACUGUGGAGCACAUAGACACCGAGUUCGACUCCGAAACCCGGCAAACGGUGGAAGCCAUGCACCGCCGACACACCACCCUGAGGGAGAAGGGGCGUCGCCAAGCAGUGCGGGGCCCGGCCUACAUGUUCAAUGAACGUGGCUCACCCCUCACUGCAGAGGAGGAGCGUUUCUUGGAUGCUGCCGAAUACGGAAACAUUCCUGUGGUCCGAAAAAUGCUUGAAGAAUCCAAAACCCUUAACUUCAAUUGUGUUGACUACAUGGGUCAGAAUGCUUUGCAGCUGGCAGUGGGAAAUGAGCACCUAGAGGUGACUGAGCUGCUGCUAAAGAAGGAUGGUUUGGCUAGGAUCGGGGACGGUCUGCUUUUGGCUAUUUCUAAGGGUUAUGUUCGAAUCGUUGAAGCCAUUCUCGGCCACCCUGCCUUCGGUGGGGGCCUCCGACUGGCUUUGAGCCCCCUGGAGCAGGAGAUGCGCGAUGAUGACUUUUACGCUUACGACGAGGAUGGAACGCGUUUUUCGCAUGACGUCACGCCCGUCAUCCUGGCUGCUCACUGCCAGGAGUAUGAGAUCGUCCACAUCCUUUUGACGAAGGGGGCACGCAUAGAGAGGCCACAUGACUACUUCUGCAAGUGUUCAGAAUGUGUGGAGAAACAGAAGAAAGACUCGUUCAGUCACUCACGCUCCAGGAUGAAUGCUUAUAAGGGCCUGGCCAGUGCAGCUUACCUGUCGCUCAGCAGCGAAGACCCUGUGCUGACUGCUCUUGAGCUCAGCAAUGAACUGGCAAGACUGGCCAACAUUGAGACAGAGUUUAAGAAUGACUACCGUAAGCUGUCCAUGCAGUGUAAGGACUUUGUGGUUGGUGUGUUGGACCUUUGUCGGGACACAGAGGAAGUAGAGGCCAUACUGAACGGCGACGUGGACCAGUGCCCCCCGAGCCCCUACAACCGACCCUGCCUCAGCCGUGUCAAACUGGCCAUCAAGUACGAAGUCAAAAAGUUUGUUGCCCAUCCCAACUGCCAGCAGCAGCUUCUGACUAUCUGGUAUGAGAACCUGCCUGGUCUGAGGCAGCAGUCCAUUGGUGUGAAGUGCUGGACAGUGCUGGGGGUCACCGUAGGGUUGCCAUUCCUGGCCAUCGCUUACUGGAUAAUGCCAUGUAGCAAGCUCGGUCAGAUCCUGCGAAGCCCGUUCAUGAAGUUUGUGGCUCACGCUGUCUCCUUCACCAUCUUCUUGGGUCUGCUGGUUGUCAACGCCUCCGACCGCUUUGAGGGCGUCAAGAACCUGCCCAAUGAGACCAUCACAGACCACCCACGACAGGUGUUCAGGGUCAAGACCACCCAGUUCUCCUGGACAGAGAUGUUGAUCAUGAAGUGGGUGUUGGGUAUGAUUUGGUCAGAAUGUAAGGAGAUAUGGAGCGACGGGCCAAGGGAGUAUGUCAUGCACCUUUGGAACGUCCUGGAUUUCGGCAUGCUGUCCAUCUUUGUGGCAUCCUUCACGGCACGCUUCAUGGCGUUCCUCAAGGCAUCCAAAGCUCAGCAGUACGUGGACAUGCAUGUACCAGAUGAAGACCUCAGCAAUGCCUCACUGCCUGAUGAAGUCGCUUACUUUACUUAUGCCAGGAACAAGUGGCGCCCGUCCGACCCCCAAAUCAUCUCAGAAGGCCUGUACGCCAUUGCUGUAGUGCUGAGUUUUUCACGCAUCGCCUACAUCCUGCCAGCCAACGAGAGCUUCGGCCCACUGCAGAUCUCUCUGGGGCGCACAGUCAAAGACAUCUUCAAGUUCAUGGUCAUCUUCAUCAUGGUAUUUGUGGCCUUCAUGAUCGGCAUGUUCAACCUGUACUCGUACUACCUGGGAGCCAAGUACAAUCCUGCCUUCACCACUGUGGAGGAGAGUUUUAAGACUCUCUUCUGGUCUAUCUUUGGGCUGUCUGAAGUGAUCUCUGUGGUGCUAAAGUACGACCAUAAGUUCAUAGAGAACAUUGGCUACGUGCUGUACGGCGUCUAUAACGUCACCAUGGUGGUCGUCCUUCUCAACAUGCUCAUUGCCAUGAUCAACAGCUCGUACCAGGAGAUAGAGGAAGAUGCUGAUGUGGAGUGGAAGUUUGCCCGAGCCAAGCUGUGGCUCUCCUACUUCGACGAGGGCCGGACUCUGCCCGCCCCCUUCAACCUGGUUCCCAGCCCGAAGUCCUUCUACUACCUGGUCCUCCGCAUCAAGUCCUGCCUGAUACGCCUCUGCAAGGCCAACGGCCAUCGCCAUAACAGCGAGCUGGAGAUGGGCAUGCUCAAUUCACAGGCGAAGGACGAGCGCUUCAGGUCUUAUCCACGACCGGGAGAGGAGUUCAUCCCCAGAAAAUCCAGAAAACACCCGACCAGAUAUCAGAAGAUUAUGAAGCGCCUGAUUAAGCGUUACGUACUAAAGGCUCAAGUGGACAGAGAGAGCGAUGAAGUCAAUGAAGGUGAGCUGAAGGAGAUCAAGCAAGACAUUUCCAGCCUCCGCUACGAGCUCCUGGAGGAGAAGUCCCAGGCUGCCGGAGAGCUGGCCCUGCUCAUCCAACAACUCGGCGACAAGUUUGGCAAGAACACCAUGAGACACUGACUGCACUCGCAAGAAGGAGAGAGAGGGAGAGAAGGAGGGACGAAGAUGUGAAAGAGGGUGAAAUCAGGAGGAGGGCAGAGAGCAGGGUCAGGGUAGGUACUUUUGAGACCUCAAUGGAGGAAGAGAGAGAGGAGAAAGAGAGGGGAAGUGGGAUGUUUAUAAGAUAGAGAAGAAAGUGGAAUGGAAAUUGCUAACAUAAGGUAAAAAGCAAAUGUUUUGAAUAUGCAACGAUCAAUUAGGGAGGAAUUUAAAAAGGGGAUGGCUGCGACUGCAAGUGAGCAUGAAGUCAAAGGGUCAGAGGUGAAGUAAAACACGUGUUUUUGGG